UGUCGCUGGCAAAUCUUGUAAAUCAUGUUAUUAUAAAUCUUGAUUGAUUAUAUAUAAAAAAAAAAAAAUCCAAACCAACCUCCACUCUACACUUGAAACUCCAAAAAUUAUCAUCGAGGAGAAAAAGGAGAAGAUGAGAUAUGGCAUUUCGAGGAGGAAGCGAUCUUCCGUGCGGUGGUUUCUGAUUCUCUGCGCAGCCUUUACUUUCAUCAGCUGGCUUCUCCUCAAUCUAAGAUCCGUCGAUGCACCGCAUUUGACGACGGCCGCUGACGGAGCAAUGCUGGAUUUGCCUGCCCAGCUAGCGCUCAGGGAGCUUAGGGACGCCUUUUUUUCUUCUUCUGCCCAGCCGCCCACGAAAUCUCCUGCCAAGAACUGUGCGACGGUGGAGGAAAUGGGUAAGGUUUUUGAAGGCAAGAUUUUGAAGGAGACUCGUAGGGUUCGAAGCAUUAUUCGACGUCACUUUUCUAUGAAUGGCGCUCCAAGAAUUCGUGAGCUUCCUCCAGAGCAGUUCUGUAAACACGGGUUUGUGAUAGGGAAAGCGUCCGAAGCUGGUUUUGGGAAUGAAAUGUAUAAGAUAUUAACUGCUGCAGCAUUGAGUAUAAUGUUGAAUCGGUCGCUGAUCAUUGGGCAAACCAGGGGUAAAUAUCCUUUUGGGGAUUACAUUUUGUAUUCCAAUAUCACCUUUACCUUGAGAGAAGUGAAGCAUCUAUGGAGACAACAUGGCUGUGUAGAAAAUUAUGGAAGGCAUCUGGUAAUGAGGAUUGAUGAUUUUGAGAAGCCGGCAAAAACAAAUGCUCUGUGUGGCAAUUGGAGGACAUGGCCCCAACCUAUUAUAUGGUAUCAAGGUACCACAGAUGCAGUAGGAGCUCAAUUUUUUUUGAAGAACAUACAUCCUGAUAUGAGGGAUGCUGCAACUGAGUUAUUUGGAAGACCGGAAUCACUUCAAUGGCGACCUAAUGUAUUUGGUGAACUGAUGAGCAUUUUGAUUUCUCCUUCAAGAGAUGUUGAGGAAGCAGUUAAUUGGGUUCUUGGUGGUGGUAGGGAACCUGAUAUUACAUUGCACAUGCGGAUGCUUAUGAAUAGGUCUAUAAGAGCCGCACAGGCUGCAUUAUACUGCCUCAAACAAGCAACAAGCAACUUACAGCUUGGGUCAAGACCCAGGGUGGUUGUAGUAUCUGAUACCCCAUCUUUUGUUAAAAGCAUUGUACCAAAUAUAAGUGGAUUUUCUGAGGUUCUUAUUUUUGAUUAUGAACUUUUCGGAGGCAAUGUAUCAUAUAAUACUGAUGCAUCGAAAAAUUUGGACUUCAGAGUGAAAGAUUGGGGUCCGGCACCCAGAUGGGUUGCUUUCGUGGACUUCUUUCUUGCAUCUCGCGCAAAACAUGCGGUUAUUUCUGGGGCACACAAACGUGUCGGGACUACGUACGCUCAGUUAAUAGCUGCACUAGCUGCAGCAAACAGUAUAGGGGAAAAUUCGACAUCUUCAGGUUUUUCUUUCCUAAGCAGCUUCCAGAGUAAUUUAUUGGCAGAAGGAUUGAAUCUUCAAGUGGGAUGGGGGCAUGUAUGGAACCGAUUCGCAGGGCCGUUGAGUUGUCGGGGGCAGUCAAAUCAGUGUGCUUUCACGCCACUUCUACCUCCGGCAUGGUGGGAGGGGGUUUGGCAAUCGCCCAUACCACGCGAUAUUAGCAGGUUGGAACAAUACGGUGUCCAACUCUCGGAGAAUGGAAGAAUAGAUGAAAAUCAACUUCGUUCAUAUUGUAGUGCUAGGAAAAAUACUGUGAAAAUUGUUACAUACGUAUAAAGAUGUAAUUGCAAUUCUUUGCCUCGUUCUAUACAUUAUUUUUGAGUUGAUUCAUAUCAUAUUCCAGGCAGACACCUGGAAAUCUUUGCUAAUUUCACACAUACCCUGAGAAUUUUGCUAAUUUCAUAUAUUUAGUGUUAAUAUGGAUGCGACAUAAAUUAAAAUGUAUUUUAUUAAUCGUUUAAUAUUAUCUUUUUGCUGAAAAAGAUUUCCCAUUCUAUUAUUUGGAGAAAAAGUAUCGACUGUUGUUUCAGAUGAUUGCUUAGCUAAACAUUUGAAAAGUUUUAUUGAUAAAAAUACAAAUAAUUUGGGAAACUCAUCUUAACACCUAAGAAAGAAACCAGAAAUGUGUUGGUCCAACCACCCAUUCCUGAAAAACACAUUAUGUGCCCAAAAGCCUCAUCUCUCCCCGCUCUGACUCACUCCUAUCUUGUCCUUUCUCUUCUCAACUAAGAACCUCUUUUUCCCCCUUAAACCUACAUUUUUUACCUUCCUGUUCUGAGAGUAAACCACAGAAAGAUGUAUGUGGUGCUACCACCCCAUGGAUCGGAUCCGGCGGUGGGUCAGGUGAUUUAUGGGUUUACCAAACUUGGAAAGGCAACAAUGGAAGAUUCUCCUGUUUUUUGCUAUUUAAUCCCUUUUUCUAGAGGUUUUGAGUCUUAUUACUUCUUUGGACUUCAAAAUCCUUCAUUUCCAUCUUUCCUUUCUAUUUAUACACUAAUUCAAUUAUAGUUACUAACUAAAAAGACACAACUUUUUUAUUUUGCAAAACAUCAUAUUUACUGUUUUUUUCUCUUUUAAAAUGUUUGCAGAGAUUUUUAUUUAAAGGGAGGUUUAUUCAUUAAGGCUGACUAUUUUACUUAUAGUAGCUCCAGUGUCCAUUUUCUGUGUGUUUGUUGCCAGAAUUUUUCUCAUCACUUGGGUAUUUCAAUUAUGGCUUUUGCUGUUCUCUUCACUCAUUAUGCAAGUAUCUUUACAAUUUAAUCUUUCAAUCAGUUGCUAUAUAAUUUAUGCCAAAUUUUUGUUAUUUGUUAGGAAGAUGAUGGAUAUUUAGAGUUAGUUCAUAAUAUUCUUCAUUUGGCAGGUGAUGAUUUAUAGUCCUCUUUGUUGUGUAGUUAAUUAUAGUAUGAACUGUUGCAUAGCAGUAUUGAUCAGGUUUGCAUUUACUGAUGGUACAAAAAUUCUACCAUAUAAAGUAAAUUAAGCUUUGUGAUCUUUGCUCUCUCUUUUUGGUUUGUCCUUGAGGGGUCCUAAAUGCUCAGCUGGUUCUCUUGGCUUAUUAUUGGUAUUGUUUGAUUGCCUUAAUUAUUGGGGCAAAUAACAUUCGGAAUUGCAUGGAGUGUCAGUUGGCCUGACUUUCUGGAUGGCCAUAGGCACCGCUACCUUGUUUUCGAAUAUCUGAAUGGUGUCUUAGAUGUACAAGCCAAAAAAUUCUCCUUGGCUUUUAGAAUGCAUUUGUUUGAGUUUUGUAGAACCAGCAGAACUUGAUGCUCAUAAAUGUGUUUUGUCUCUUUCAUGAUUUAGUUCUUCUGCUACUAACAUCUGGAGGAGAUCCUGGUAUAAUAUCGCGCAAUGCACACCCUCCAGAGCCAGAAGGUUUUAAUGGGAAUGUAGAUGUUGGUGCUGUUCAAACUCCACAGUUACGAUUGCCAUGCAUUAAAUAAGUGGCGGUGAACAAUUUGAUCACCACUGUCCUUGGGUCAGGCAAUGUAUCAGACUGGUAUGCUAUCUUUUUCUUUAGAAUAAUGUCCUAUGCUUUAAUAUGCAAAGAAGGAUCUGCCCUCCCAUCGAUGAAAGGAAAUUGAACAUAUCAAAACAAGAAGCCUCCAUCUUGUGACUGCAUUUCCACAUGUUUGUGCUGCAUUAUGCCAAGUAGUUUUGACUGAUCUUAGCAGUACUACUUAUGGUUUGGAUACACAACCGGAAUUGAAGAGGACAAUGACAUGUUUUGCUAUAUUCCUAUCCAUAAUUUUUUUCUAGAGGUCAUAAUCGUAUGGGGAAAGCUCAAAGUGGCAAAUUUAUGACAUGCUUGUAUUUAUCUUGGAGAAAUUUGUUGAAGAGGGCGGUCUUGCUAUUGGAACUUGUUCAUUGUAGUUAUUUUGCCUUCACCAUUCAGCCAAUCUGUGACACCAGGAAGCCUAAAUCUAUGCAGGAACCUUGCUUAGUUUUUACGUGUUUGUGGUUGCAGAAUUUUUAAAUUAAUAGUGGUUAGAUUUCUUUAAUUUGAUAACUUCUGAUUUUCUCUUUUCUCAUAUUAUGUACGAAACUCAUGGUAAUUUUAUUGUGUUUUGCAGCAAGACUAUCGGUUCUUCUUCAUGUUUGUGUUCUCUACAACCCUUCUUUGUAUGUAUGUAUUUGGAUUCAGUUGGGUGUACAUUAGAAGGAUCAUGGCAUCAGAGGAGACAACAACUUGGAGAGCCAUGAUUCAAACUCCAACUUCCAUAGUUUUAAUAGUUUACACAUUCAUCUCAAUGUGGUUUGUUGGUGGUUUGACUGCCUUCCAUUUGUACCUAAUCAGUACAAAUCAGACAAUGUAUGAGAAUUUCAGAUAUGGAUAUGAUCAUUGAGCAAACCUCUAUAGAAAAGGAGUGAUUGAGAAUUUCAAAGAGAUAUUUGUUCUAGCAUUCCCUUAUCCAAGAACAACUUCAGGGCAAAGGUACCCAGGGAACCUGUGUUACCAACACGACCUGGUGAUUUUAUGAGUCCAAAUAUGGGGAAUGUUGUGGGUGACAUAGAAAUGGGUAGGAAAGGUGUGUGGGGUGAUAUGGGGCUAGCAUUGAUCAUUGUUAAGGGCAACUAACAGGUGAACGUGUAAAUGUUAAGGAGGAUGAAUUAGGAGAAUUGACUCCAGAAACUAGUACAGCAGAUGACACGGGUGACCAUGCUGGUAUACAUCCCAGGCAAUCUAACUGAGGUAGAAAAAGUGGUAGCUGGGAAAUGCCGUCGGAAGUUGUUUCUUUGGCAGCUAGAGUGGGGGACUCAAAUCGAGCAGUUAGGAGUAGCAGCAGGAGCUUGGCAACUUAGAAGCCUUAGACGUAACCAAUGAUGAAAUAUCGAGUGGCAAAUAUGGAAAUCAUUGCUAAGGUUGCUUAACAUGCUCCCUCAAUGUUGUGCUUUAUGGGGAGAAAUGUUUUGAGCCUUGUGCUCUGAGGAAGAACAGAGCUGGUGUGGUGCGGUAUAAGAGUGAGGUUUGAUUUUGUAUUUGUGGAAUUACUUGUUCCUAAUUGUGUAUUUGUCCUUGUGGAUUCAUUUUAGUGUCUUAUAGUGUUCAUUUCACCUCUUUCUCCGUCUCUUUGUGAGAUUAUGUUCAUUGACGGGGUGCUGCUGAUUGGCAAGUUUGGCAAUGGCAGAUGGGCUGUCAGUAGGUCAACAAUUAGACUUUGCUUGAAUGAAUAUUGGUGUCCCACAAAAGCAGCUGUCUCAAUGCCAUCCUGAUGACACCUUCAUCUUCUACAUGAACCAAAAUGCUCUAUAGAUAGCAUACAUUUGAUAUGUAUUUUUAUAUCUAUCUCAUUUCUUUUUUCCUUUUA